AAGUGCUAUGACAACGGGCGCAAAGAUGGUCGCCGAGGCUGGCGGAGCGGGGCAGCUGGGGCCGCUGGCAGCCUCCCCCUGAGCAGCAGCAGCAGCAGCAGCAGCAGCAACAGCUCCCCCUCCCUCGUCCACCCCGCGCCCUGUCCCGUCCGCGGCGCUGCGAGCCGGGAGGGCUGAGCCGGCUGGUGCCUGCGGUUGCCGCCUGUUGAUCCCCGUCCUCGGGGACCCGCUGAGCCCCAGGGCCGGGCCGGCGGCUUGGGAGGAACCCGCACCUCUCUGCUCGCGCACACCCCUAGUGUAGACGCAUCCUCCGCCGUGGCUGCUGGUCAGUUUCCAGCGCAGGUACUUGCGGGUGCAGAGGCCCCUGCUUGGACGGGUCUGUGUGAAGGAGAAUGUCUUUAUUUAAAGCCCGAGAUUGGUGGUCAACAGCUCUUGGAGAAAAAGAAGAAUUUGAUCAAGGGUGUUUAUGCGUAGCUGAUGUUGACAACAGCGGCAGUGGACAAGAUAAAAUAACUGUUGGCAGUUAUAUGGGAUAUCUUCGAAUCUUUAAUCCUCACCCUGUCAAACCUGGAGAUGGAAUGCAAGCUGAAGAUUUGCUCCUGGAAGUGCAACUGCGAGAUCCAAUACUCCAGGUGGAAGUAGGAAAAUUUGUUUCUGGUACUGAACUACUUCAUCUGGCUGUACUGCAUUGCAGAAAACUGUGUGUGUAUGCUGUCUCAGGAACUUUGGGAAAUGUGGAACAUGGGAACCAGUAUCAUAUCAAACUUAUGUAUGAACACAAUCUUCAGCGAACAGCCUGCAACAUGACUUAUGGACCAUUUGGUGGUGUGAAAGGUAAAUUAAUUCUAAGUGAAUUGUACCAAGUGCUGGCAUUUGCAACAGAUGCUGAUGAAAGACAGGAGACAGAGCAGCAAAAAAUGAGUUCUGGAAAAAGGCUUGUUAUGGAUUGGGUUUUAAACAUUGGAGAGCAAGCGCUGGAUAUAUGUGUUGUGUCCUUUAAUCAGGCCUCCUCUGUUUUUGUGCUCGGUGAGAGAAAUUUCUUUUGCCUGAAGGAUAAUGGGCAAAUUCGAUUCAUGAAAAAACUUGAUUGCAGUCCAAGUUGCUUCCUUCCUUAUUGUUCAGGUAUUUUAUCCAUGAGUGAAAGCACUGUACUUGCCCUUCAUAUGGGAGAGAUUCUGUUGAAGCAAAUAGAUUUGAAAGGUGUUAUAGUUACUCUGAGUGACAGUGGGCACCUGCAGUGUUCCUACCUUGGUACCGAUCCUUCUCUGUUCCAGGCUCCUAAGGUUGAAUCUAGGGAAAUAAACUAUGAAGAACUUGACAGAGAAAUGAAAGAGCUUCAGAAAAUCAUCAAGGAGUCCACAAAAACACAAGAUAUUUUGCCCAAAUCUGAAAAAGGUUAUGAUGAUUUGAGAAUCAUGGCAGAAGUUUCACCUGACUUGGAUGUAGUUUCUCAAGCCAUUGACAGUGAGGUGAGAGCAGAGGCAGUUCCUUCAGUCACAGUAAAGAUCACACUACAGAGUAGAUUGGCUGUGCAGAAAACAAAAUUAUCAAUAUGUGUACAACCUCCUUUAGCACUGACCCAUGACCAGUUCAUCUUUGAUGAUAUAGAGUCGGACAGAUCUAAAGCUGUAGCUCUGUCUGUCUUUCUGAAAGGGAAUUGUCCACCAGCAGAGCUGGAAGGAAAUGCUGUGGCUUCCUAUAGUACGCCCACAGAUCUCAAUCCUGAAGGAAUACCAAGAGUUGCUCAGUGUAAAUUUAGACUACCCUUGCGAUUAAUUUGCUUUCCAGCUCAACCUUCAAAAACAGCAAACCACAAACUAACUAUUGAUACCAAUAAACCUCCUGUCAGUCUUGUGAACCUUUUCCCAGACUUUGCUGAUCAGCCUGAUGAAGAUCAGGUAAAUGUUCUGGGAUUCCAGUUCUUAACUGGUUCUAGAAUCACUCUUCUUGCUUCAAAAACCUCACAGCGGUAUAGAAUCCAGAGUGAACAAUUAGAAGACCUUUGGCUAAUCACAAAAGAGCUCACUUUUCGUCUUCAAGAACAUUUCAAGAAGGAAAAUAGCAAAGACUUCACAUGUACCUUUUCUGGUUCAGUUCCUUUACAAGAAUAUUUUGAACUAAUUGAUUGCCAUUUUGAGCUUCGCUUGAAUGCUGAAAAAUUUGAAGAACUGUUGUCUGAAAGAGCCAUACAAUUUAGAGCUAUUGAACGACGAUUACUAACUCGAUUCAAAGACAAAACACCUGCUCCCCUCCAACAUCUGGACACCUUGCUAGAAGGAACUUACAGACAGAUAAUAGCUCUAGCAGAUGCGGCAGAGGAAAACCAGGCCAAUAUGUUCCAGGCAUUCACAAAGUUGAAAAGUGCCACCCAGCUGGUGAUUAUGCUGAUUAGUCUGUGGCAGAAACUCAGUACUGACCAAGUUGCUAUUCUGGAAGCUACUUUUUUGCCAUUAAUGCAGGAUACCCAAGAGCUGGGUUGGGAAGAAAGCGUGGAUGCUGCUAUCUCUCAUUUGCUGAGAACAUGUCUGUCCAAGAGCUCUAAAGAACAGGCCCUGACUCUCACCAAUCAGUUGAGUAUACCCAAAGAUACUAGCAGGCUGAAGAAACACAUCACCUUGCUCUGUGAUAGAUUGGCCAAAGGCGGUCGCCUAUGUUUAAGUACAGACACAAAUAUUCAGCAAACUAUGGUCAUGCCAGGUGGCUGUACUCCCAUCCCAGAAUCUGACCUGGAGGAAAGGACAGGUGUACAGGAUUCCACAACAACUUUUACCAACCACAGGCACUUCACAAAGCAGAAAUCCAAAACUGAUUUUCCGCAGGGUGCACUAGAGGAAGCAGAAAAGCCAUGAAAAUCUGAAGAGGACCCUCAGGAGGAUUUUUCUUUUACAAUGCAGCUGUACCAAUCCAUGUUACUCUAUUCUGAAUGGAGCCUUCAGAAGGAGAAGGUCCCACUAAUUGUACAAAAAAGUUUAUUCACAUCAAAUUGAUUAGAUUUCCUUGCCAACUACUCGUCUUAGCAUCCAUUCUCUGGAUAAAGCCUAACCACUUAUGAAACUGUUGUAGCAAAUGUUUGUUAAUCUGCAAUAUCAGCCCGUCAUAAAGAUCCUGUUCACUGAUCAAAGACUAUUUACACACAUUUAAAAGCAAACUUUGUUUCAUGGUAUGUUUUAUCUGAUUUUUUAGAUAUUCUGUACUCCCUCUCCCUUUGCCAUUACGUUACCAUUUUCUCAUAAUGUCACAGUUUGAACAAAAAAUAGCCAUCUCCUUUCCUCUUCUGCAGACCAAUCACAAUUUCCACACAGGUGAAUUCACCACAAGAAGAAAGGCAGAUUAUCCACCACGGCUUCUCUAUCCCCCUCCUCCCUGAUUUAUACAUUUGCUCUCAAGAGAUACAGUGUAAAAUAUGGUUAUGUCAAGGGCAAAAUGUCUCCUUCCCUUUUUCUGUUACAUAAGUCAUGUGAAUAAAGUUUACAUUGUAAUUACCCUAA